AUGCAUAUUUUGACCUGUAGUAUUCUAUCUUUCUAUCUAUCUAUCGUUUUUUCUUUCCCAGACAAUUCAUACCUAUCUCAUUCUGUGCUUAUCUAUCUAUCUAUCUAUCUAUCUAUCUAUCUAUCUAUCCAUACACUGAAAAUAUGUUCGAUCCUUUUCUUUCUUUGUUUCUUUCAUUCAUUCAUUCAUUAUUUAUUUAUAUCUAUCUUUAUCAUUCUUGUUGUAUAUUUCAAUUUCUAUUUUUUCUGUCUCAUCAUGAGCUGUUCUAUCUAUCUAUCUAUCUAUCUAUCUAUCUAUCUAUCUAUCUAUCUAUCUAUUCUACACACAUAUUUAAAUCCUUCAGUUCAUUUCUUUCGGUUUACGUGUUUGUAUAUAUGUGUCUCUGUUUAUAUGUGUCUUCUGUAUUUACUACAAUUUUUCUAUCUAUCUAUCAAUCUAUCUAUCUAUAUCUCUAUCUAUCUAUCUAUCUAUCUUUGUUCAUAUGUCGCACUUUUUGAAUCUUUCAAUCCAAUUCUUUCUUUCUCAUUCAUGCCGUAUAUCUAUCUAUGA